AUGACUUCAAAGACCCCGUCGAGGCGACUGACGGACAUUUUACGCAGCAACAGCAAAGAGACACUUCUGCGCAAUGCCGCCGAGUUAGCCAGAGUGUCCACAUCCCUCCCGGCGGAGAAGUUACAGACACGCUUUCUUCGCAACAUGCACCUCAUCAGUCCCAAGUCGCUCCGAUUGCUAUGCGAUGACGCCGUUUUAUCCCGCUGGUUUGCGUUUGCCGUGUACAAACCGCCUUUCUGCCCGAUGCGCCGUGCGGAGGCUAAUAAGAACUAUCACCAUGUGUCGGUAGAAUCCUUCGUGGAGGCGGCGUUGCGUUCCCGCACAGUGCAGCCUGUCUUGCAGCGUGAGCUUCAACCGGAGGAGGUGAAGGUGCGUGUCUUAAAUGAUGUAGAUAUGUACGCAUCCGGUCCGGUGGUGGUGACACUGGCCGACCGGCACACCUUCUCGACAUCGUUGCAGUCUGUGACGAUGCGGUAUGACGUCCUUGUUGCCGGACACAUGCCGCUGAAAGAGCCGUGUUCAGUGGAGGCCGACCACCUCUUCGCUCAGUUGCGUAGAGACAGCAACACGGAGGACAUUUGCAGUUACCCUGACACCACGGCACGUGCGACGCGAUUGCCGGCGGAGGCGGCGCCGUCGUCGUGUGUAUGUACGUAUCAGGUGAGACGGAAUGCGUACUACUCGGUGCACCCAGUCAGUCUUUUGGAGUUCACCAUCACGGCGCCACCGACUCCGCUUCCUCCUCGCCUUGAGGCAUUUGUUUGCGACCACCUCGGCACCUUUGUCUUGGGCGACUCCGACACCCCGGCGACCACAAGAAGGACGAAAAGAACGGCGAAGACCCCAAGCACCGCGUCGGAAUCGACAGACAGGGCGCAGGCUGCGGCGAAGGCGUCACGAAGCGUCGUUGCAAUGCAUGGCGACUGCGAUUUCCCACGUGUAUUUACACAUCUGCGAGAGGUUAGCAUUCAAACCGAUGUGGCGGAUGUGGCCGGUGGCUUCGCAGCAAAGAAACCAAUUGAAUUCCACUGUCGCAAGUGCUUUGAGCCUAUUCUCCAGCGAGAACGAAUUUAUAGUCUUAAGGGGCGGCGUAUCGGGUUGCUGGACGGCUCCUGGACACCCGAGGCCGAGUUUUUGUGA